ACAGCAGCCAUGUACCUCGGCCAAACACAUCUGAAGAGCCUGUAGAUGCAAAUGGGCUGGGUUUGUCAUUUUGUCAAAGCGAAGAGACGUCAUCAGAAGGCCAGCGGUGUUUCUGCGAUGGAAAAGACCUGUCAGGUACAGUGGCUGAACUGAAGCAUGCCAACCGCAAACUGAGUGAGCAGAACAGUAGUCUGCUGAGGACUGUUGCUCAAUGUGAAGACACGAACCUGCAGCUCACUCUGGAGAUCACUGAGCUGCGAGCAAAGCUCAUCAGUGCUCAGAGGUCAGCAGUGAGAGUUAGAUCUCUGACAGAAGAACUGGAGGAGACACGUCAAGCAUUUAAAGAGGCCCGGGAGAAAGCCAGUCGGACCCAGAAUAGCUGCUCCAAACUGAGCAAUGAGGUUGAAUGUCUUCAGAGUGAUAUUCAAAGGCUUGAAGACAAGAAUGAAAAACUAAUCUUUGAGAAAACAUGCUCUGAAGAAAGCCUCAACAACCUGAGGAAGGUCAACGCUGAAUUGAGGGCUGGACUUGAGGAAACUCUGAUUAUGUUGACACUGAGAGACAGAGAAAUAUCAAAGAAAGACAUUCUUAUGGAAAAGAUGAAGAAUACUCAUGUGGAGAAUCACAGAAUGAUAGAGGGUCUGCAAUCCGAGCUGAUGAGAUUACACGAACAUUCAAACCAAGUUCUUCUGAGGUAUGAAAGACACUGUAUCAGCCCUCAGGGACUUUACAGUCGUGAGCCUCCAAACCAUCGCUCUCUGCAGAGCGAGAUGAAGGACAUGCAGCAGGAACAUCACAGAGCUUUGGAUGAUAUAAGUCUCCCAUCCCACACGCACAGCGAUGAUAUUCAAAGCAUUAUCCAAAGGAUCACGAAUGCAGAAAUAGCUCACCUUCUUCACAAUAAAUAUCUCGAGAGGGACUGUGCUCCUGUGGAAAUGCAGGAGAGGCCUUUUCCUCAACAGCAACAGGCAAGAAUCAAGCAGCAGCUUCUCAAUGUGCUGCAGGAGCUCGAAUUGUACAAGUAUGUGUGGGAGGAUAAAGGGGAGAAGGUGGAGGAUCAGCAGAGAGCCUGGGAUAGGGAACAAAAGGAAAGUCAGAGUGGGAGCCAGAUUCCCAUCAAGGAGGCCAAGAAGGUGGCUGUGGCGAAGUGGUGGAAAGCCCUCAGCGUAGAGGGGGCUAAGGUCCGAAGUAAAGACAUUAAGUCAAUUCAGGAGGUCUCUGAGAUGCAAGCAAAGCUCAGGGAAGCAGAGCAGACGAUCACUGAUAUGAGGGAGCAGGUCUGCCAUCUGCAAGCAUCACUAAGAUCUGCACAGGAGCACACCGAGCAAAAAAACACCAAUAGAGUUCUUCAUACUGACAAAGGAAGCAAUACAGAGAGAAAAGAAGGCAGAACUGCGGAGAAAGAGGCGAGAGAUCAGAAGGAUGCUUCAGUGGUCACAGAUCCUGUUAGUAUCACAGACGGAGCAGCUUCAGAGCAGGACACCACAGACAGGCUUCUGGCAACCCUGAGGAGGAUGGAGGCGAUGGUCAACAAUGCCUUGGAGACUGCCCAGCUGGUGAGGAAGAGCGAGCAGAGGGUGAGCCAGGUGAGAGUGAGGAUGGAAGGGAUCACACACAGGGUGGAGGAGGCUCUGGGGAGAGCUGCAAACACUGAUGAGGAGCUAAACAUGCUGGAGGCCAGGAUCACAGAAAACGCUCCAACUCAGUCUCCAGAUCUAAAUUUGCCAAAUGAUCAUGGAGCAGAUGCCACACGGUUAACGGCUGAACCCGAGGAAGUGUGCGGAACAGAGCGUUCUCCUCCUGCACCUCCAUUAAACCCAGAAGUCAGUGAGCCUCCACAGAGGUCCAUGAAUGGUGGCACAGGAGGAAGCAGCUACAGCACGCUCCAGGAAGAAGAGCGAGACUUGCUGCAGACAUCUCCUCUCGAACAAAGUGACUGUAACUUCAAGGAGUCCGGUGACGCCUCGCCUGCUGCUGAGACCCCUUUUGUUUUCCCGCACACCCGCUCUCGCCCUUCUCUGUGCCCGGCCAUGCCCACACUGCCUGAGGAAGAGGAGGACUCUCCAGAGGAGAUGGACAGUUCCCCGAGCUCUCCCAGCACAUUAGUACCAGGUGAAAGUCGAGCUGUUGUCAUGACUGCGCCCACCAUCGUCUACCCAAAGCAGGCUAAGGUUGUCCAUCAGGAUGGACGUCCGCUGGAACAGGCCAGACCACACAGUCCCAGAGCUCGCGUGGUCAGAAGCUCCCCCGGGGUGCCCAUCACCACAAUUGACAGCACAGGUAAUGUGAUUGACCUGGUGAAAGAUCCGCUCCCGGAGAUGCAGCUCUCUGAGGAGGAUCGACAGAAGAACCUGGAGCUGCUUGAAGAGGCCAAGAAGGUCAGCGAUCGCUUCCUGACACGCCGAGGCCGACGAUCCACCAGCAGCCUCACCGAUUCGCCCACAGGUCUUUCACCAACUCCAACGCCAUCAUCCUCACCAUGUUCAUCGAGAAGCAGCUCACUUACUGUGGCCCCUCAGACUGCAGCAGGACCCUCAGAGACAAUCCAGUAUCAGGAGGUGUUUCCAGGGAGGGAGCAGCCUGAUGCAACCAGUCAGAACCAGGAGGGAAAGCUGUUGGUGGACUGGAAGUUAGCUGACAAAAGGAAAGUGUCCUCGGGGACUCUCACACCUCGUUUUGCUGUUCAGAAGAACGGUGAACCCAAAAGUCCUACAGUUGUCAACAAAUCAGAUGAGUCAAGUCGAAGUCCAAACCAGACUCCAGCCACAGGGGUCGCCAAGCCUGUGCCCAGACCUUCUACUCAACAGGCACCGUGUACAGCAGAGAUUAAGACUAUUGGGGCCUUUCCACCACUAAUGAGAGCUGUUUCCUGGGAUGCUGUAGGCAGCCUUAACUCUAGAAAUGGAGCCCCGGUUUUUCCUCCCACAGCUGAGGACAGUUUGUCAGACAAGCCCAAGGAUGCUGGCUUAAAGACGUCAGGGUACAAGGAUUUCCCCACCCCACCGGUGGGUGCACAGAAGCUGUCUAAACUCAGAGAGGAGCACAAGCUAAUGCGAAACCAAAGCAUUGUGGGAUCAAAGUUACCAGAGCUGAGUGAAGCUGCUGAACAGGAAAAAGAUCCGCCGUCAUCACCGAACACGCCUACCAGUGACACAAAGGAAAGAUCCGACGCCAUGCCCAACAUUUCAGACUUGAUGCUGAGAAAACUCAAACUUCAUCGGGGUCUGCCUGGCUGUGCUCCUCCACUCAGCGAAAAAGAAGUUGAGAAUGCAUUCGUCCAGCUGUCACUGGCGUUUCGUAAUGACAACUACACUCUGGAGACGCGACUCAAGCAGGCAGAGAGGGAGAGGAACCUGACUGAGGACGACACGGAAAAAGAAUUAGAAGACUUCAAAGGAGCGCUAAAGAUGACUGCGCCAAUGUGGCAGAACCUGGAGCAGCGCGAAGCCUAUCAGCGCCUAAAAGAGACGGUAGCAGUGCUGCACAGGCUUGCCACACGGCUCUCCAGCAGAGCAGAGAUAGUCGGUGCAGUUCGCCAGGAGAAGCGUAUGAACAAGGCCACAGAAGUUAUGAUGCAGUAUGUGGAAAAUCUUAAGAGGACAUAUGAGAAGGACCAUGCAGAGCUCAUGGAGUUUAAGAAGCUGGCAAACCAGAACUCGAAUCGUUACGGAGUGUCUGUAGACCCUGGAGACGAUGGAGUUCCACGUCCAUCUAGAUCAAUGUCCCUCACCAUUGGAAAGGUGCCUCGACGCAGGGUGAGCGUAGCGGUGGUGCCAAAGUUUAAUCUCCUUAACAUCCCGGGUCAGACCCCGGGCACAGCUGGCCAAGGCUCCAACGCAGGACCCACAACUGGUGCUGCUCUUCCUGUCCUGUGUGAAGCAAAUGACGUGAAAGGCACCACCUCCACAGAGGCUGCACCACCAGGAACAGAAUGUGGAAAGAGUGUGUCGGAGCAGGAAAAUGAGCCAGCCAAGCCUUCAGUAAACCUGGAGGAGCUCCGAGCCGAGAUCAAGGCAAAGAUCGAAGAGGAGGCCUACCAAAAAGGCUACCAAGAUGGACUGAAGCAAGGCAAGGUGCUUCAGGAAGAGAAAUGUGAAGACGAAAGUGCUGCGGACAAAUUGCUGGAAACAAAAAAUAAGGAUGAAGAGAGCGGAGAGAGGCUUAAGAACAGCAGGAGGAUGGAGGAAGUCCUGGCUGUUGUAAGCGAGUUCUGUCCCAAGGUAUCCAUGAGUCGGCGGCUUCUAUGGCUCACUCUGACGCUGUUUGUGGCUGUGUGUGUGGUGUUCAGUAUUUAUUCAUUCUUCAGUGACUAUUACAACCGACACGAGGACACAUAAGGGAAGAGGAACUCUGUGUGAGACACUGACGGAGAUCUUUGGACUGGGUGUAAGAGCGCAACGAAAGAACCCGCUAAACAGAAUAACAGAGACCUCAUACAUCACGUCUCUCCCAGUUUACCAUAUCAUCAGACACACUUGAAUCAAAUGACCCCGAUACUCAAGGGUCAGAGACAUUUUGGGAGGCUUUAUGGCUCGCGAGGCCUUCUUCAUGGUCAGCAGAGAUAAGUUAUAAUUUUGCUUGAAAUGGAAAGUUGAAAGGAUGUUUGCUGCAGCAAAAGAAGAGAUGAUUCUGUUUAGGGACCAAUUAUAUUGUGUGCUGAAAUAGAUAUUUAAUUAAAUUAGAUCUUGUAAUUAUACAUUCUGGUUCUGGUACUUUGAAUGCUGAAUAUGGCACUUUUUCAUUAAAUGCCACAGUAGAAACAUUGUAUAUUUAUCUACACAAUAGAAUCUCUCAGGUUUGAUAGAUAAUGAAGUCCCUGAGAGACUUUUAAUGCAUAUUUUAAAAAAUGUUUUUAUCUGUUGUUUUUUCUAUAAAGAAUGUUUCAGAUGUAAGCACAUUCCACAGCAGUUCUUCAAGUGCAAUACUCAGCUCAUGGUUCUCAUUUGUGCCAUGUUUGAUUGUUACUUCAGAGCACUGAGAGUUUUUUUUUUCUUGUAUGCGAGCACUGUUUAGACGUCAUGAUUCUUUUUUUUUUUUUGUCUUUGCACAUGUGUGCCCGCCUGUGCUGUCUGUUCUCUGUUCAUUUUAUGGUCUGCCACCUCUCCUUUAAAUAAAAAGUGCCUGAAA